GCUUUGUGAAGUUGACUCUUUCACUUCUUCGGUUAUUUUUUGCCGGCAUUCUGCCAAAGUUAAGGGAACCCGGCUAGUGGAAAAGUAAAAGCUGGGAUGUUUUUUUUUUAUUCCAGGUAAACAGGCCAGCACCCAUGUCGUAUUCAGCACAGUUUAACACGGACUUUCUUGUACAAUCAACUUGAAUUCCUGAACUCAGCUGGCAAAAAUGAGUGAAAACAACAAUAAUGAAAAGGUCCCAGGAGAAGAGCAAAUACCACGACCGGAUUCCAGCGCUUCUUCGGUAAUAAGCCGAACUAGCUCUCCAGAACCAUGUCCAUUGAAAGACGACGUUUUCUGUGAAGAAACACAAGUUAGCCCAGAACAGCUCUCGGCCGACAUGGCAGCCAGAGGUAUUAUUAACCCCAGAAAUAAAAUUUCAGGUUCCCCUCCACAAUCUGGGAUACGUGGAAUGUUGAUAGCUGCAUGUGAUAUUGAAACAAAUACUGUCGAAGAAACCCAAGCAACAAAUAAAUCUGAUUUACAAGAAGAGGAAAAGACUGAAAAUGAACAAUUAUUAUUGGAUAAGCAUGCAGUGUCUGAAAGGGCAGCUGACAAAAACGAGACGGUACCACAAGAAAUGUCUUUCUUUAACAAAGACUCAUCUACAAGUAGGCCGUCAUCUGUAAGUUCAUCAUCAUCUGUAGGAGAAAGAACAAAUAGGCGAGAGGUUUGUUUUCAAGAUUCUGAAGAGGAUCAUUUGCUGCAAAAAGAGAGAAGUUUUAUAUCUCAUGCUGAGAAUACAACUAUAGAGGUAGUGUCAAUAUCUACUCAAACAGAAUGGAGUUGGCUGAAAGAUAUGGAGUUGUAUCAAGAAAUUUCACAUAGAUCUAAGCCUGACUGGGCUGAGAGAACAGACACAAAACUUUCUAGAGAAGUACCAAAAUCACCAUCAGCAAACAGCCAUGGCUCGGUCAAAAGACGAAGAAGGAAAUCAGUACCAGGAAGAAGAGCUUCGGUAAGCAGUGAUAAGGGACAGAUGAAAGAUGAAGACACUGUACCCCUACCAGAUGUAGAGGAAGGAAAUGAGGUGAAACAGAGCCACAAUGGAGUAGAAGAAGGAAGUACAGGAAGAAGCAAAUCAAAGUCAUCAGGCGGUGUCCCUAGAUCUCGUCAAUCUGUGGUGUCUUCAUUACCGCGAACUCCCAAGGGAGAAGACAUUCUAUUUCGACCACCCACAGUUGAGCCGGACUCAGCUAGCAGUUCAGAAGAAUAUGAAGAUUAUGACCUUGAACAGGAAUAUCUGUUACCAAGUAUUGGACCUCCAGCAAUCCUUCAGUACAUGAAAGAGUCACAGAACCCUCCGCUAUCAAAUGAAGAAGUUCAAGAUAGACAAGAGCUUGCCAAAAAUGAGAUGUUAAAGAUGAGCAGUUCUAGUGGACCAUGCAUGUUUUGUCAACAGGAAGUACUGCCAUUUCCAACCUUGGAUGAGUUGGAAAGACUUACUCCAGAUCAGCUUUACUGCUGUCCUCAAUAUGAACGCUUGAUAAAAUUUGAGUUAGCGCAGAGAACAGACAAAGCUCAUUUGGUGGACGAAAUGAUUGAUAUAAAGCCCCACCCACCCUAUGGAACCAAAGCUGCGAGAAGAGCUGCAAAGGAAAGAGCAGCAGAACGAGCAAGGGAACGGGAAAUGGAGAGACAAAGGGCAGCUGGAGCUAACCCAACCAAUUUCUACGCAUGUAAGUACCACAGAACUGACCCCACUCAGUUUUAAGUUAAUGUUGUAUUCAAAGACCUUUGAUUUGAGCCAUGAGGACUAUGAUUAUAAGAGCUUCGUGUCAUUUACAUCUUAGGCUGCAAAGUUCUGUUUGAUUUGUUAUUAAUUUUGCCCUUACAUUUUUUCAGUGUGAAGUUUUCUCAAUGCAAAGUCAUAUCCAAAUCUAAGUUUAACCCUUUUCAGCGUAAGCAAAAUCCUGAAAAUAGAAACCUUUUGAACAAAAUAUUUAUUGACCC